GGGAGCCUGCAGGGGGCGCUGCUGCGCUGGGCGGCGCACACGGAGCGGAUGGGCGGGGCUAUACAGGAGGUGCCCGGGGGUCGGGCCCUGGUGACGAGGCGGCCGCUGGGCGUGGUGGGCGUGGCCUGGUCCUGGCCCCGCCCCAUGUCGCUGGAGCUCCUCCUCCCCGCGCUGGCGCUCGGCAACGGCGUCGUGGUGGUGGCUCCGCCCGGCGCUGCCGGGGCCGCUCGGCGCCUGCGCCAGGUGGGGACCCCCAGAUGGACCCCCCCGGGCAUCCCGGGAACACCCAGAACCUGCCCCU